AUGAACUUUCCAGUCCCAAACGCCCAGCCGCCGCCAUAUGAUACGCAGCGACAGCAACAACAACAUCAACCACCCUACGAUGAUUCCUUCUCAUCAGCCAUUGCUGAGAAACUCGGUUCGCCAGUCAAGCAACAGAGCCUUGACGACGCUGCUAGCCACUCUAUGCCCUUGAGCGAGUCGUCGUCAUCAGCGCAUUACAUGGCGGACGAUGGUGCUCUGAAGGGUCAAGGUUACGAUCUCCACGGGGGUGACAUCAGUCACAAUAACAAUCAAGACCUAUACGGCGCAUCAAACCCGGCCAUUCAGCAAGACAACGGCUAUGCGCCCUUGCAGCAACAUGACCGGGCACUAUACGAGGACCCGUUCAACCCCGCGUGGCAUGCAGGCCAGGGUGAUGCUUCGCGACAACCGUGGGAUUCCCGCCAGUCGCUGGACGCACCACCACAUGAUGCCGAACAACAGGGGAACAACAUGGAGAUGCGCUCCAUGGGCAAGGACGGGUGGGACCAGUCGAUUGGCGGCAUGAAGGACCGGUCCCAGCCAUUUGUCAACAACGUCCCCCAGCGGUCCAUGGCGGAACAGGUCUUGUUCGCCACCGGCUUCGACCGUCUCCUCCGCCUGUGCUGCAUCAGGAAGAGCAUGCCUCUCGACGAGGCUAUUGCUCGGAAGAAGCGCGACAUUGGUGGCCAAGAUUAUGCACCUGCCGUCUGGAUUCUCACCGCCAUCAUGACCGGUUUACUGAUAUACGAACUGGUUGUCUGCGCCAAAGACACUGGCAAGCCUAUCGCUACCUCGCCUUUCAACUACAUGAUAGGCCCGUCGUACCAAGUACUGAUCAACGUUGGAGCACGCUAUGUGCCGUGUAUGAAAUAUGUUGAGGAGAUUCCUCCGACCUUUUUAUUGGGAUGUCUGAACACCACCUCAAGCACCCCUACCUCGGCUUGCACAAUUGAAGAGAUCUGUGGCCAUGGUGGCUUUGGGGACGGCAAUCCGAACCAAUCGUGGCGUCUGCUGUCGCCGAUCUUCCUGCAUGUUGGUGUCAUCCAUUUGUUGCUCAACAUGUUCGCCCAGGUCACCAUGGGCUCGAUUGUCGAGCGCACAAUCGGCUCACUGCCCUUCCUCCUCAUCUACAUUGUUGGCGGAAUCUAUGGCAAUGUUCUCGGCGGCAGCUUUGCGCUCGUGGGCAUUCCUUCAGCUGGUGCAUCCGGCGCCAUCUUUUCAGCCGAGGGAGUUUUGAUUGUCGACUUGGUGAUGCACUGGAAGCAUAUCGACAGGCCUGGCCGUAAGGCUGUCAUGUUCCUCAUCGAGUUUGUCGUCAUCGUCGCCAUGGGUUACAUCCCGAACGCUGUAGACGGUCUUGCGCACUUGGGGGGAUUGGCAAUGGGCAUUCUGCUGGGUAUCUUGGUCAUUCCGUCCAUCAGCGCAACGAAGGGCCACCGCAACGCCGUGUGGGGCUGCCGGAUCGCGGCCAUCCCCGUCAUUGUCUUGGCCCUCAUCUUGACGACGAAGAACUUUUACAAAGCCGACCCGAACGCUGCUUGCGAGUGGUGCAAGUACCUGAGGGCUUAA